UCAAAUAAAAUGAUGCCCAAGGAAAGUAGCAAACGCAGGGCAGUACGAGAGUCAGUCGUUGAAGAUAAAGAUGAGUUCAGGAGGAGAUUCAAACCCAGCUGCAACUCCCACUCCUUGCCUGGACACUCAGGGAGAUGACCGUUGGAUGUCUAUGCAUAACCGCUUUGUUUCAGACAGUAAAGACAAGGAACCAGAUGUUCUGUUUGUGGGAGACUCGCUGGUGCAGCUCUUACACCAGUUUGAGGUGUGGCGUGAGCUUUUCUCCCCUCUGCAUGCUUUGAAUUUUGGGAUUGGGGGUGAUGCCACACAGCACGUCCUUUGGAGACUUGCCAAUGGAGAGCUGGACCACAUCAGCCCAAAGGUGGUGGUGCUCUGGGUGGGCACCAACAAUCAUGGCCACACUCCAGAGCAGGUCUGUGGAGGCAUCACUGCCAUUGUCCGUCUCGUCAACAGCAAGCUACCCUCUGCUCACACUCUCGUACUGGGUGUGCUUCCCAGGGGCAAGAGCGUGAACCCGCUUCGGGAGAAGAACGCCCAGGUUAACCAGCUGGUGCAGCAGGCCCUGCCCACCCUCUCCAGGGCCUCCUACCUGGAUGUGGACCCGGGCUUCGUGCACUCGGACGGCAGCAUAUCCCACCAGGACAUGUACGACUUCCUGCACCUCACCCCGCACGGUUACCAGGUCGUGUGCCGGCCCCUGCACGCCGCCAUCAAGGCCCUGCUGGAGGCUCCGGGGGCCAACUGAGGGCCGCUUGCGCUGUUAAAGUCGGUUUGUCAGCCUUCGCCUAACCGACAGACAGAGUUAAGGCAGAGGGACUGGGGCUUCUAUACAGAGGAGUGGGCUGACAGACUGUACAGGGGUUUUUUUGAAUGCCUUAAACAUUCUAACGCAAACUGCGGAGCCGGGCGGCUCCUGGCGAAACGGUCACGGGGCCUUUACGCACUGUAUCCGGUUGGUAGGUGGAUUUUGAUGUGCUCUCGUUUUAGUAGGGGGGAAAAAACAAGGGCCGCUGUGGUGUUUGAGUCCUAUGCGGCCCGUGUUUGUACUUUUUGUCACAGGAUGUAGCCCUCCAUUCUUCAAGUCUUUCAGUCCAUUUUCUCUUAUUUUAUCCUCGUCUCUCAGCGCUUGUGAAGCAAGAGGGUAUGGGGAGGCACUGUGUGCCCGCAACCUUCUUAUGCUUUAUUUUUAUUCUUUUUUUUUUUUUUUUUUCAUUGUUUUUUGUUUUUGCAGGAAGUGGUUAUAUUCAACUUUAUUGGCAUUCAUUUCCAAGAGCCUGAACCCUAUAGUUUAGCUCAGACAGGGUUUCUGGUACAUUUAGUGAGGGUUGGUGGCCGCCUCCGCCACACUUAUGACACUAUGAAGACAGGUUGACAGAUUUACAGAGUGAGAAAAGAGGCAGAAGGAUAUAUAUGCACUAAAUCCCAAUUGUGAUGUACCUUAAAGCCCUCAUUGUUGCUUUCACCUUAUCUCUUCAAUGAAUAAAGUACUUUGUCUUUAGCUAGAGCUAGUCUUUUUGUAUGUAUUGUAAUUAUUAUUUCUCACCUUGUGCAUACCUGCAAAAGUCGACAUUCCAUGUUGCUGUGCUACAGUAUAUGCAUUGAAAACAACCUGAUUGUACUGUGUAGCUGCACCCCCAAGCAGCAGAGUAGUCUUGUUUUUUUAUUAUUAAAAAAGGUGAUAACAUGGGAAUACUGUGUCCCUGCCAGCCUUUGUCUUUCUUUUUCUUUUUUUGUGUACUGUGGUGGCAGUAGUUCUGAAGGGUUAGGGGCAUUCAUGAAUCUGAAACUGUGUGAGUUCAUGGUCAGGAUUUGUCAAGCCACUGGGUCUAUCUGGAGUAUCUCCUGAUGUUUUGGUGGAAUAGUACUCUUGUCUUCAGAAUCCUAGGACCACCCUACAUGUUCUGUGAGUAAUGAGCUUUUACUGUAAUGGUGUAAAAUUUUCCUGUGGCCAAUAUUGGGCUCGUGGGUAUAAAUGAACAAGGCCAAGACCAAAGGUUUACAUGUCUGUGUGAGAAAUGUUGGAACUCUGAACAUGUGAUGAGGCAAACAUAUUAAAAGCAAGAAGAU